GCGGGGGGAUUGGCAAGAUGGCUACAGGAGCAAGAAGGUUAUGUGCUUAGAGUGAAAUCGCACCUAGGCGGAGAGACCACUGGGAUAUCGCGAAUGAAAACGGGGAUCUGAUGCGGGACACGCGAAGCCGCCUGUGCCAAAGUGCUGCUGCCGGGAGAGUUGGGGGAAUGCGGUGAGCCAGGAGCACUAUCCCCCCGGAGAGAGCGGCACCAAGGGGCGAAUCUGUGGGUGCCGCUGGGACAGCUAUGGGAAGGAUCUAAAGGCAGAGCGUAUGCUCCCUGUAGCGGGAGCCAGUGCUUGCGGGGCAGGACGCUUUAGUGACAGCGGCGCAAUCAUCCCUGGUCAUUGUGUAAGGCAGGCAAACUCGUAGCCGAGCUAGGGGCAGCCGUUUGGCGAGAGAGUUCGCGCACCAUGGCAGAAGCCGUGCCUUCCCUCUCCCCGCCUGGGGACGUGGACAUAGACCCGGACUUCGAGCCGCAGAGCCGACCCCGGUCCUGCACGUGGCCCCUGCAGAGACCGGACUCCCAAGGCAGCCCGGGCAAGCCGAAUAGUGGCGCUGGGGAAGCCGGAGACGCGUCCUCUAUGAUCCCGGAGGAGGAGGAUGAUGACGAUGAGGGAUCUGGUACUACAGCCACUAUGGUAGGGACAGCGGGGGAGAAGGGGACUGUGGUGCUACUGAGCGGAGGAGACCUGACCGUGCUGGCGUCACCUGUUGGUGGGGUGGAAACACUGCAGGCUUCGCUUGGGGGUGGGGGAGCAGGGGGCGCCCAGAGUGGCGCAACCGGACAGCAACAGAGGAAAUGUUCAUCCCGCAGAAAUGCCUGGGGCAACAUGUCCUACGCUGACCUUAUCACUAGGGCCAUCGAGAGCUCCCAGGAUAAACGGCUCACCCUGUCCCAGAUAUAUGAUUGGAUGGUCCGCUCAGUGCCCUACUUCAAGGAUAAGGGAGACAGCAACAGCUCUGCAGGAUGGAAGAAUUCAAUCCGGCAUAAUCUGUCACUACACAGCAGGUUUAUUAGAGUUCAGAAUGAGGGCUCUGGCAAAAGCUCUUGGUGGAUGAUCAACCCUGAAGGAGGAAAAGGGGGGAAGGCACCAAGAAGACGGGCUGUUUCAAUGGACAAUAGCAACAAAUACACCAAGAGCCGUGGGAGAGCAGCAAAGAAAAAAGCGUCUUUGCAGGCAUCUACUGAUGCUACAGAUGAUAGCCCUUCGCAGCUGUCAAAGUGGCCAGGUAGUCCCACCUCACGUAGUAGUGAUGAACUUGAUGCCUGGACAGAUUUUCGAUCUCGUACAAACUCUAAUGCCAGUACCAUAAGUGGUCGUUUGUCUCCAAUUCCAGCUACAACUGAACUUGAUGAUGUUCAAGAUGAUGACUCUCCCUUGUCCCCUAUGUUGUAUAGCAGCCCAGGUAGUUUGUCCCCAUCUUUAAGUAAACCAUGCACAGUGGAGAUGCCAAGAAUAACAGAUAUGGCUGGAACCAUGAACUUAAAUGAUGGAUUGCCAGAGAACCUCAUGGAUGACUUGCUGGAUGACAUUUCUCUCACUUCUUCACAGCAGUCAUCUCCCGGUAUCCUCAUGCAGAGAAGUUCCAGCUUUACAUAUGGCACUAAGGGCUCAGGCAUUGGCUCUCCAUCUAAUACUUUUAACAACACUAGUAGCUUCAACUUUCCCUUGACAUCGCUGCGCCAGUCUCCCAUGCAAACUAUCCAAGAGAACAAGCAAGCUACUUUUUCUUCCAUUAAUCAUUACAGUAACCAGUCUUUGCAAGACCUGUUGAAUACAGACACCCUCAGCCACAGUGAUGUGUUAAUGACCCAGUCUGAUCCACUCAUGUCACAAGCCAGUACUGCUGUGACUGCUCAGAAUACCAGAAGAAAUAUAAUUCUGAGAAAUGACCCUAUGAUGUCUUUUGCAGCCCCAUCUAACCAAGGAGGAAAUUUGGUUAAUCAGAACUCGCUGCACCAACAGCAGUCUCUUAACUCUUUUCAAGGUGGCAGCCGUGCCUUGUCAAACAAUUUAAGCAACACUGGUUUAAAUGAUAGCAGCAACUUGGACUCAACCAAACACCAGCAGCAGUCCUCAGUUAGUCAUUCUAUGCAAACCAUCUCAGACACGCUCUCAGGAUCCUUGUACUCCUCAGCCGUGAACCUUCCAACACUGGGGCAUGAAAAGUUUCCCACUGAUUUGGACCUGGAUAUUUUCAAUGGGAGUUUGGAAUGUGACAUGGAGACAAUAAUUCGCAACGAUUUAAUGGAUGCAGAUGGGUUGGAUUUUAAUUUUGACACCCUCAUCUCAGCUCAGAAUGUCAGUCUAUCGGUGGGCAGUUUCACUGGUGCUAAGCAGACAUCGUCACAGAGCUGGGUGCCAGGCUGAAUAAAGCCUGGGAAGAUAACAUGCACCAGGCUUGGGAACUGACAAGAACCCCUACAAACAAAACCCUUUGCCAAAACUGCAGAGCAAGAGGACAGUGAUACUGUUUACAGCUUAUGAGCUUUUUUGUGAAACCUGCAUCAUUUUCCUUACCUGAAACAAAGACUGUUAGCAGAAUCCUCUAACACCCUCCACAAAGGUCCUUCCAGGAUUUUUCUUUUCUUUUUUUUUUUUUUCUCCCCUCCUCAGUUUUCUUCAUUUUCACGUAUGCAAAAUUGUCUACAUGGGAUGAUAAAGUACCCGCUGUGGAGACUGUGUACUGUAUUCUCCUUUUGUGAACACUCUGUAGCCUGUAAUGCAGUGGUGUUUGUCGACCUGUUUGCAGCUUCUAGGGCCUGCCUUGCAUUGCAUAACCCACCUGCUCUAGAGUGGUUAAUAAUAAACAUUGUGUUAGGUUUUAUUCUUUAAGAGGUUGAGGGGGCUUAUGUUUUUGUAAUCCCCUUGGGGAAUGCUAUUUCAUUUUAUGUAAUACAUAUUUCUCUUAUUUCUAGCUUUCUGUAACAGAAAUAUUCUCCUAGGCCUCAACCAUUCACAUAAGCUAACAAAUUUACCUGACCGAUUUCUGCCACAUCCAUCUUUUCAUCAUGCUGGAAGACACAACUGGCCACAAAAGACUUUCUGUUACACUAUAAUUUCCGUUUGAAACCAGUUUGUAUUGCUUUGGAAAAAAAAAAGACACUUCAGGGAUAAAUAUUUUGCUGACAUGGUACUACUUCUGGUCACCCAAAUCUGUGUACACUGCUGUAUUUUACUAAUAUUUCCUGAGAGUAGUCUAAAAAAAAAAA